AUGCUUUACGAGGACCCCAGAAAUCGUUGUUGUUGUGCUAUUCAUGUGGCGAUGGGCGCAAAUAUUAUUGGAGGAAUUGGUGUUUUUCUCUCCCUUUGUUUUUUUAUUAUUUGUUUAUUAUAUGGCCGUUGGGGUUUAAUUGUUUUGCCUGUAAUUUUUUGUUUUGCAUAUGCAUCUAUUUUUUAUGCUUUUUACAGCCGGAAUGCAAAGAUUUAUUGGCCCUUUUUAAUCACUAAUGUUUGUAAUUUUUUAAUUUUGGAACUAAGCAAUUUACAAGUUUCUGAAUCUCUUCCUUCAAUCUUCCAGCCUUCCCUUUUUUAA